CAAAUAAAAAAAAUAAAAAAAAUCCUUUCAUUUCACACCCCUGUAAAGUGUAAACUGUGAUCUCCUCCUCCUCAUCCAUGUAUACUAAGCUCCUCCACAACAACCCAACACUAACACCCCCACUUUCUUCAAUCCAUGCCUUCAGACCCAUAUCCUUCCCAAUAUUCAACCACCACUUCACUCCAAACCUAACAACAAAGCCCCUUUAUCUCCAUCUUCAACCCAAAAAAUCAAGAACCUUUAUCAGCUGUGCAGCAAAUAGUGAUAGUGUUAAGGGUUCAGUGAACUGGGCUGAAUUCUUAGAAAAAUGGUCCCCAAAAAACUUUCUUGGAGCUGAUAAACUAUUUAGAGCCAUAUCUGGUGCAACUUCAAGCCCCAUUGCUCAGUACAUACCUUCCCCUUUCACUUUCUUGCACUCUGUUGACCCCAGAAUCAAAUUGGCAUGGCUCUUUACUCUGGUUAUUUUACCGGCAAAAUCAAAUAUAAUCAUGCGUUUGUCACUGGUUCUGUACUUAGCUAUACUAUCUAUUUUGGUCCAACCUGAACAAGUGUGGAAGGAUCAACUCGGGAGAGUCACACUGCUGUCCGGGAUCUUAUUUAUAAUGUUGGGCCUAAGUACAGACAGUACACCUUCCCUUAUCUCUUCAAGAGCUCCCCCACCUUCAAUAAUGGGAUUACCACCUUUUCCUGCGUCAUUGGACGGUUAUAAAUAUGUAAUCUUGAAGUUGGGGCCAUUACAACUCACUAGAAAGGGCUUAUCAACCGCCACAACAUCAGCAUGCUUAACCUUCACUAUCUUCCAAAGUGCAAGUGUUUUCCUAUCAACAACAACACCUGAGCAGAUAGCUUUUGCAUUGCGGUGGUUUAUAUCCCCUUUGGCAAGCUUUGGUGUCCCUGUUGCUGAAGUUAUCCUUACUCUUCUGCUCUCCUUGAGAUUUAUCAAUCUUGUGUUUGAUGAGGUCAGAAACGUUGCUCUUGGUAUUGUAUCUCGUAGGAUUAAUUGGCAGCAGUUGACAAUUUUGGAGACGAUAGAUGUUUUCUUCACAUAUAUUCGUCGGAUAUUCAGAAAUAUUUUUGUUCACGCGGAGCAAAUAUCUCAGGCAAUGAUUGUUAGAGGUUUUCGAGGGGACAGCACCACUCACAAAAUAUUCUUAUCGGCAGACUCAUCUAAUGGAGUUGCCAAUUAUAUUUCCAUAUCAUGCCUUUUUGGUCUGAUAGCCUUUGUCACUUUGCCCAAGUUCCUUAUGCAAUGAAACAUGAUAUUAAAAUCAUCUGAAAAGAGAUCCAUCGCUCGACCUUGUAAUCUUGAAGUAUCUUAACCUCCUAAACCGCAAAUGUUUCCUUGUCUUCACCUUGUACUCAACUUCUCUCUCCUCUCCUUCCUUCCCAUUUUUACUCCUUUUCUAGAAAAAAGUUGGAUUCUUUUUCUAGCUGAUGUCUAUGAAGUGAAAACCGCUCCACUCAGUUUUCUUUAUUGAUUGAAGGGUUGCUCUCUUCCCUCCUUAUCUGUGAUUAGCAUUGAAGUUGUUACUUCCAUAGCAGCAGCAAAAGAACCCCCCAAUAGAAGUGUUUGGACCUGGUUGUCUAUGGUAGAAAGGGUGUCGACACCUACAUUUUUUGGAAAAAAAAGUUACUGCCCCUGGAAUCUAAUUAUCUAUGUGAAGAUACAAAUUUUCUCUUUAUUAGGGAAACAGAGAUGUGAAUUUAAACUAGUUCCAUUGAAGAGAAGCUAGCUAGUGAUUACAAACUUACAAAAAGAAUUAGUCCUUUUGAGGAAGAAAAUCAUCAGGUCCAUCGUAGCUCUCACCACGAACACUUGCGAGUUGUAGAAUUAUGAGCGUCUGCGUGAGAACUUGUUAUGAGAAAGCCUAUGGAAGACGAGAUUUUUGAAGUGUUGUAUAGACUGUUAUAAACUGCAAACAUGAUUCAGUUGGGCGUUGGCCUAUUUCUUGUGUAAAGUCACUAUUGAAGUGUUGUCUGUAUACUAGCAAUGUCGGGAAUUUUUUGGUACCUGAAAAAGAAAGAGAACCAGAGUGGACAAUGAUAAA